AUGGGAAGUGGAACCUCCACCCAACACCAUUUUGCUUUUCAGAAUGCAGAGAAAGCCUUCAAGGCAGCUGCUCUGAUCCAACGUUGGUACCGUCGCUACAUGGCCCGCCUGGAGAUGAGGCGGCGUUGCACCUGGAGCAUCUUCCAGUCUAUAGAGUACGCUGGGCAGCAAGACCAGGUCAAGCUCCAUGAUUUCUUCACCUACCUGGUGGAUCACUUCACCCCCAGCAGCCACAGUGAGAGAGACUUCCUGAACCGCAUGUUCACCGAGGAGAGAGUUCCCCAGGACUCUCAGCUGGAGGAAUGCGGUGACUAUGAAUCCAUAGAGGUACCUGCCAGCUACACGGGGCCGCGCCUCUCCUUCCCGCUCCUUCCUGACCAUGCAACUGCCCUGGUGGAAGCUUUCAGACUGAAACAACAGCUCCAUGCUCGUUAUGUCUUGAAUCUUUUGUAUGAAACCAAGAAGCAUCUGGUACAACUGCCAAACAUCAUCCGGGUUUCGACCUGUUACAACGAGGAGAUCACAGUGUGUGGAGAUUUACAUGGCCAGUUGGAUGACUUAAUAUUUAUAUUUUAUAAGAAUGGCCUCCCAUCGCCAGAGAGGGCGUACGUGUUUAACGGUGACUUCGUGGAUAGAGGCCAGUAUUCAGUAGAGAUCCUGAUGGUUCUUUUUGCCUUCAUGUUGGUUUACCCAAAAGAGUUCCAUCUUAACCGAGGAAAUCAUGAGGACCACAUGGUGAACUUACGAUAUGGCUUCACCAAGGAAGUGAUGCAUAAAUACAAGAUACAUGGCAAGAAAAUACUAAGAACACUGCGAGAUGUCUUCCGUUGGCUUCCACUGGCUACUCUGGUUGAUGAGAAAGUACUAAUUCUUCAUGGUGGGGUGUCAGACACGACUGACCUGGAGCUUUUGGCUAAACUAGACAGACACAAGGUUGUUUCUACCCUGAGGUACAAAACGAGAAAGGAGAGUGAGAAAGAGAAACAGGCAGAGGAGAAGAGAAAAGACAAUCAGACGAGCACUGCAGAAAUACCCACCCCAUGGUUUCUCCCCCAGAGCCGCUCUCUCCCCUCCUCGCCCCUUCGGCUCAGCUCUGACAAGGCCCACAAAGCCGGCCGGUCCUCCAGCAUCCCCAUCAGCGUCCACCUUGACCGCAAGGAGCUCUCCCGGCAGGUGCGGCGCUCCGUGGACCUGGAGCUGGAGCAGUGCCGGCUGCAAGCAGGCUUCGCAGAGGUCAGGGAGAAGAAAGAGCUCUCGCCCUUCACCUCAGAGACGGACUCUGAGGCUGGGGAGCUGCUGGAGCCCACUCAGGAGGAGUGGAGGCAGGUGGUAGACAUCCUGUGGAGUGAUCCCAUGGUGCAGGAGGGUUGCAAGGCCAACACUGUUCGAGGAGGAGGCUGUUAUUUUGGGCCUGAUGUGACAGAACAGUUGCUACAAAAAUACAACCUGCAAUUCCUGAUCCGUUCCCAUGAAUGCAAACCUGAAGGCUAUGAAUUCUGCCACAACCGCAAGGUAUUAACCAUCUUUUCUGCCUCCAACUACUAUGAAAUUGGCAGCAACAGAGGAGCCUAUGUCAAACUGGGGCCAGCCCUGAUGCCACACAUCGUGCAGUAUCAAACUAACAAGGCAACCCACACACUGACCAUGAGACAAAGGAUUAGCAGAGUAGAGGAGUCGGCUCUGAGAGCUCUGCGGGAAAAGUUAUUUGCUCAUUCCUCGGAUCUUCUUGGUGAAUUUAAGAAGCAUGAUGCCGAUAAAACCGGUUUAAUCUCCCUGAGUGACUGGGCAGCCGCUGUGGAGUGUGUGUUGCGUCUAGGACUGCCGUGGCGGGUGCUGAGGCCACAGCUGGUGAACAGCUCGACGGAUAAUGUGCUGGAUUACAAGUCCUGGUUGGAGGACUUGGCCAAAAAGCAACUGAGCCGUGAGAACAUACAAUCAAGUUUGCUGGAAACACUGUAUCGAAACCGAUAUGACCUGGAGACCAUUUUUAGGAUCAUAGACAGUGAUCAUUCAGGGUUCAUCUCACUGGACGAGUUCAGGCAGACGUGGAAGCUGUUCAGCUCUCAUAUGAACGUUGAUGUCACAGAUGACUGCAUCUAUGACCUUGCCCGGAGCAUCGAUUUCAACAAGGAUGGCCAAAUUGAUAUUAAUGAGUUCCUGGAGGCCUUCCGCCUUGUAGAGCAAUCCUGCUCAGAGGGUGAUGGCGCAGAUUGCCCAGCGAGCCACAAACACUAA